ACUGACCAGCUGUGUAGGGUGGUUUUUAGCAGGAGUAGGUCGUGUUGUUUAGUAUUUAAUUUUCCGAACGUGCCGCUGUGUCCGUGAUGUGUUCUGCUCGUUGGACAAGUGAAAGUCGAAGGUCUUGUCUAUCCGCCGUAUAUCGCCGCCUGUAAGGAUUCCUCGGCCGUGUUUUUUUACACUGCGCUCGAUCGCCGUGACAUGUUAGGCAUCCGUCGUGCGGCUUCCGUCGCUUCCAGAGGCCGUCUAUCGGCGAGAACGUCGCACGAUGACCAGUCGACGACGAGCGCCGUUUAGGACUACGCCGACAGCAACGAGCCUGCUUCGAUGACGCCACGGAUUUGAUCUGCGAUCAUCUGGCCUGAGUGUGUUUUUCGGUUCGUUCUUCCCAAGCCGGUGUUUUCCCGAGUCCGUGCGAAGAUGGUGCAAAAGUACCAGUCGCCCGUGCGCGUCUACAAGUACCCGUUCGAGCUUGUAAUGGCGGCUUACGAACGGCGCUUCCCAACAUGCCCGAUGAUUCCCGUGUUCUUGGGCAGCGACACGGUCUCGGAGUACAAGAGCGAAGAUGGCGCCGAGCACGUUAUUGAGCGCCGGUGCCGCCUCAACGUUGAUGCACCAUAUCUAUUGAAGAAGAUCAUAGGAGUGGACUUUGUGUACUUUAUACAAAAGAACUCUCUAGAUCGGCGGCAGCGUAUACUUAAAAUUGAAGCCUACAAUGAGAGCUUUUCAACACGAGUUGGCAUCAAAGAAAACUGCACGUACUCGGUGCACCCAGAGAACCCAGACUGGACCUGCUUUGAGCAGAGUGCCUCUCUCGAUGUCAAGUCCUUCUUUGGGUUCGAGAGUGCGGUUGAGAAGCUGGCCAUGAAGCAGUACUCCCAAAACAUCUCCAAGGGAAAAGAGGUCAUUGAGUACUACAUCAAUGAGCUUUUGAAGGAGAACGUCACGUACAUUCCCCCGUUCGAAGACAAGCCCGGCACUGAAGGCAGCGGUGAUGCCAAAGCUCCCGCCCUGCGUGACAGCAUGCGGAAAAAGUCGCUUGGCGAGAAGGUUACUUCACCAACGGGCGCCCCUGAGACCCUCGCUGCACAAGACGCAAACUUCAAGCUGGAGUCUGAGUACAUUGAGCGGUGCCUGGGUUCACUCACGCCGUACCAGGAAUCCUGUCUGGUCAUGCUCAAGAAGUGGAUAACUGAGGCACACCAAGGAAAAGUUCCAAGUGACCAGAUGCUGGUGAGAUUUCUUCAGGCGCAAGACUUCAAUCUGGAAAAGGCUCGCGAGAUGCUCUGCCAGUCUCUUGUGUGGCGCAAGAAGUACCAGGUGGACCGCAUUCUCAGCACCUACGACCUGCCAACUGUGGUGCGCGAGUACUUUCCUGGCGGCUGGCACCACCAUGACAAGGACGGCCGCCCCAUGUACAUCCUCCGCCUCGGGCAGGUCGACAUGAAGGGCUUCAUCAAGUCCAUCGGUGAGCAGGUCCUGGUCAAACUCACACUUCACCUCUGUGAGGAAGGCCUCAAGCGCACAGAGGAGGCCACCCACAAGGCUGGCAAGCCGAUAAGUGCCUGGACCUGCUUGCUCGACCUCGAAGGCCUCAACAUGCGCCACCUGUGGCGUCCCGGCAUGCGUGCCCUGCUCCACAUCAUCGAGAUGGUGGAGUCCAACUACCCGGAGACCAUGGGCCGCUGUCUGGUGGUGCGCGCACCGCGGGUAUUCCCCAUCCUCUGGGCCCUGGUGGGGACGUUCAUCAAUGACAACACCCGCUCCAAGUUCACCUUCUUUGCCGACACUGGAACCACAGCUCCGCCGGGGCUGACCGAAUUCGUUGACCCAUCGUACCUGCCUGACUUCUUGGGUGGCUCAUGUCAGACGUCAAUCCCUGAUGGAGGGCUCAUCCCCAAGACCUUUUACAUGUCCGAGGAGGACUACGAACGAGAGAAGGCAGACGGCAUGCACCUCUUUGACGACACCAUGUACCACUCGGUCAGCCUGGCACGAGGUCAGGUGCAUGAGGUGGUGAUAAAUGUGGCGGAUCAUGGCAGCGUCAUUUGCUGGGACUUCGACAUAAUGAAGGAAGAUGUGUCGUUCACCGUGUUGCACACGACGCGUGAGCUUCCCCCACCCAAGACGGCGUCUACUGAAUCUGCGGAGGGUGACACGGACGCCGAGGAGGAAACCGUAGGGUGCACCCAUUCGCCCCUGCCGCUGAACAUGCUGACGCUCGACACGCCGCCAUCGUUGCUGCCGAAGAGCUGGGUGGCCGGGGUGGACUACAAGACAGUUGAGCCAUGCCUCACGUGCCACGAUGGUGAGAGCGUGCAGGGCUCCCAUGUGACCAAUGCAUCAGGCACCUACAUUCUCCAGUGGCGACACCUGGAGGGACCCCAGCACCACCCAUUCGAGUUUCCCUUGGCACCACACAAGGCCAAGGUGAUGUACUACUUUGAGGUCCUCAAGUCGCAGGACUACAAGGGAUCUGUGUCCAGCCUGCAGUCGUCGCACAGUGGCAACACGUGCAACUCGUCGAGCGACCACUCGUCCGCGCUGAGCUCGUGCCCUUCCAGGUGAUGCCAGUGAUGUCGGGACCACCUGCUCCUGCAAGUCCUGGCACAGUCUAAGAGAAGAUGACAGUCGGCCUCACCGAAGGACAUUGCGCCCCUUGCCUUCGUACGAGGAAAGGGCAAGAAGCCGUGUUUGAGAUGGCUGCGGCAACUGCCGCAUAGUUUGCGCACGUGACGUGCCUGGUGCUGUUUUACGCGAAUUGAGGCCACGAAUUACUUCGUGGUACAUCUGCCUCGGGCAGUAUGAUGAUAAACCCUGCAUCGUUAAAGGGCACAGGCUUGUGUAGGAGUGACCCACCCUAUUUUUCUAGUGUGUCCAUUUUAGAGUCUUUCCUCCCUCGAGCAGAGCCUCUAGAUUUGUACGAGUCACGCUAGCUGUGGCGCACACCCAAGCUGUAGUCGCAGUUGUAUUUUACCCGUAUUCAUGAUUCGUCUUGGCCAGUUUUGUCUAACGUACCUGUAUACAUUUCAUUAAAUUGUUGACAUGGCGACCGCCAUUUUAAAGCAUAAUCCUUGUCGAGACGUUCUUUUGCAGCCCUAGUGAAUCAGCGCUUGAAAAGUCUGGGAGAGGCUCGUAAGAAGCGGCAUAGUGCAGUGAGCUGCAUUUGAUGAUACUGACAUUGAUAUCACUGACCGGGAGAUAGUUUCUCUGUGUUAUCAGCAUCACCUGGCCUAUGAGCCUUGACCAUGCCUUGUAAUCCUUGGUACUGUUGUUUGUGAAAGACGUUGUUAAGGCCAAAUUCGUGCGAGGCACAUUCCAAGAGUGGAGUUUAAAAAAAGAGAGAAAGGGCCAAAUAUUUUUUUCACUCUAUGGAUGUAAUGGGGGUAACGAGAUUUAUUUUAACAUCUUUGCAUUGUCCUUAGCAGAGAUGCUGCGACAAUGUUGUUGUCUAUCAAAGUAUUUUAUAUGCUGUGCUGUAAACAACUUGCUUAGCCAACAUUGUACGUAAAGAACGCAAUGUGUCAGCCACCUAAGAGGGGGAAGCUCUACCUCGGGCACUCGUAUCCAAAUUGUGGCAGCUGCUGAUAGAACUUGAAUGAAAUACGUAACAACUAAAUUGUAAUGCAUUAUGGAAGCAUCACUCCAAUUUAAUCUGUUAGUGUAAUAUGAGAGUUCCAUAAACUGGCUUAAAGAUUCAUGUGCCACUUAUGAUAUAUAAUAACAUCCAAAAUUGUAUGAACUUGUUUCAUUGAGCCAAAAUUGGCCUAUCAGAUUUGCUGUAUCAAGUUUCAUCUUUAAGUGACUGGUACUUUUGUGAGAAAACAUGCAGUAUGCCCUGUUCGUCUAUUGUAAAGGCUCCAACUGAUAUGUAAUACCGGCAUCGCAUGGCACAUUUUCCAUCGCAAUCGAGCCCAUGGGGAUUGAAUUUCUCGGUCCUGAUUGGUUCCUGUGUGCAACCUGUGGGGAGGGAGCCAGUCGCGACCAAGGAAUUCAAUCCCAAUCAGGCGUGAUCACAAUAAAAAGUGUGCCGUGCGGCACCACUAAACUAUGGUCUAAAGUGGAGGUGUGGGUUGAAAGUCUGCUUCACCCUCAAAAGCCGCCAUUUAUGGUGGUACUUUUGUCAAAACAUUAUGCUUGGACAUUCCACUUAAAUGGAUGGCAACACAACUGAAGAUAAGGCCGCUAAAAAAAAAAAAAAAGCCACCAUGAAUUUGGUUGUGCUCUGGCAACCAGUGCGACAGGCAGGCAGGCCUGUUAUCGCUACAUUCAGCUGUUGCUUCCUUGCUUCUUACAAGUUUUGUGCUCAGCCUUUCGCUUGUCUCAUGUUUUAAUGACAUUCAGCGUGUAGCAAAUGCACUUCGGCGUGCAAGGUUACUUGUAUGUGUUUAGAAUGGUUUUUAAAAACGAACAAACAUUUCUCACAAAAUUGUCCUUGAUAUAUGUGCAUUCCGAAUUACACAAAAAAAAAUAAUAAUAAAUUGCACUGCACGGCAAAUAAUAAGAAAAAUUUGCUUACUGCAUUGGCUAAAGGCUGGUAUGUAUAAAAUUCUAGAAAAUGGCUACAUUUUACUCGGCUAAGUGUUCAAAGAAAAUUGCACAAUCUACAAAGGUAAAAAGAAAUAAUGGCACUUUUAAAACAAUAAAUUAAACUAUAUCAUAUAAUCAUCUCAAGUAUGAUAAUCCUUGCUUAAUUAGGCAAUAAACAUGGGUUUCACUAGUGAAUCUUCCAACUGUGCUAGAAGCACUGUGGUUUCCACUUUCUUUCUUGGAAGCGGACAGGGUUGAACCAUACUGCUUUUUAUCACUCCUUUAUACUGCUUUUAUCACUCCUUUUUAUCACUUGUCACGAGCCAUUCAUAUUUAGGGAGGAUACUGUGACUCGACCUUCCCCGUGUUGCGAGGUUAUUUUUACAUGGGUAAUUUUAACGGUCGAGAUUUAUCCAGUGUUUGCCUUUAAGAAAUCGUCUCUAGAAAAUUUGAAUAUCUAUGUCGUUUGGCUGUAGAGGAGUCCAAGAGCCUGACAGUACGUACUUCCUUCACUGAGCAGACCACUUCUGCCUUGUCAGGAAGUCUACAUCUGAGGUGAAGCUUCCCGUCAUCUGCUAGUACCUAUUGCAAGUAAUACGUGCAUGCUGGCACUUGUUGAUCUUAGCGACACUUGUAAUAUAACUGUUAUCUGGCUAUAAUUUUAAUAUGUAGUGCAUGUGCAGUAUUGAAACAGAAAAAUGGCUUGCCAUGUGAAGAACUAGCACAUAUUCAGUACCGGACCAGCUGCAAGAGGCUCUAUGUAUGCACAUGCUUUACUGCAAGGUAAGUUACUCUGUCAUGUUUAGGUUAUAAACAGCAUUGCCAUGUUUAGGUUAAACAUAGCUAGAACCCGGCAAUAUCAGUAGCGACCGGUCAAAACAUUGCACGAUGUGGCACUUUGGCUGCAAAGGAGAGGACGAGCAGCAUCAACAUCUCGCGUUGAGCUUCCGGUAACCAAACCAGAAAUGUGCAGCUGUCUUCGACAGUGGCUGUCAGAUAGUGCAGACCGUACCUUCGGCCGCGCACUGUGCUGCCGUUUGCAGUUUCGUCUGACGUUGAUAGUACAUGGUUGCCGUUGCAGCGAAGAAAUUCUCUGCACCCCCAUCUGGUGGUAUGAAGGUGGCAUGCUAAAGUCCUUUGUUUAAUGUUGGAGAUUACGGCAGCGACAUAGCCUUGUUAUAUGAGCAUGCUGGCUAAUGUGCUGAAUUGCUAGUAAGUGCAUACCUUUGAAAAGGUGCCAUGCCAUUUACAGUCAUGUAACGAGUGCCAAAGCACACGUCUUCGUACUCUUUGCAGCACCUUGCAAAGCAAGCGACAGGCUCUGUAUUUUGUGUAGCCAUUACGCUUGCACUACCACCAAGGCAGACUGGAUGGCGAAAGUCAGUGUCCGCAAAGAGCAGUAGUUGUCUGCAGCAUGUGCAGUCAUUAUUUGGUGCGCAUGUAAUUUUGUGUGCCACCUCACCACCUAUGGGGGAACUGGCGCUGGCCAGGACGCACUACGUUGGUUUCAGUGUCCAACUUAAUUGUGCCGACACCAUCCAGCAAGCACGCCACAGAAAUGACAGAAUGUUUCCAACGAUAACAAACACACACCUGCAUCAACAUUUGCUAAUGCCUGAUGCAUCAAGUCAAGCUCUGUCCAUAUGCAUAUGCGUUCUGUGAGUGCAUGCACUCCUAUGUUCUAGCACGCUGGCGUCAAGAUGAGCACAUGUUCUAGCAUGUGUGUCUCGAGAUGAGCGGUGAAUUUGCCGACUCGAUAUCACAGCAUGUCCUACUAAGAACUGCUCCCUUUGCCCACUAGGCUGUUUGUUAACAGCAGUGCUGUUGGCACACAGUUUCAGCACUAGUUGUUCAUAGGUGGCAUGACAGCAGUCCAGCAUGGCGGAUGUUGAGAUCACAACGCUGCUAGAAUGUGUGUGUUUUGGAAAGUGAAGAGCUCUCCGUGCAGCAUCUCCUCUUAUAUAGAUUUCAUUGCCUGGUAGUGAAGCAAUAAGACAUUGUCAUUGCUGAGAAAAUCUUCAGCACAAACGCAUCAGUAUUACACACUAAAAUGUGUGAAAUUGUAGAAGCUUCAGUGCCUGUAGCUUGGCACUGAAGCCAAAGUUUGUGAGAAAGCCCAAAAAUUUGGCACAUGCUACCCAGUAAAGCACUAAAUAUACCUGGAGACGUGCCUAAUUGUUCUUUUACUUGAACUGUAAAGCACCAUAGCGUUGAUGAGGAUUUUGUUCAUUGUUGGUCGAGGGCUGUCAAAGUCUGCCGGUUUUGCACUAUUGUAUCACUACUGGGUGCGAAGUGAUUCAGUGGACGAAGUACAGUUUGCACUAGUGUAAACAAACAAGCAACAAUAGUUAAAGAAUUGUGCUUUUGCACUUUUUGGCCUGAUGGGAAAAGUGAUUCUGCAAGCAUGCAAGUCUUCACAGUCCUUUGCGCUCCCUUGAUAGGCAGAAAAUGAGAAGGGAACGAGCAGCGAACAAAACCCCUUGGUUUUCAGAAUACGUAAUUGUGCUUUCUUUUUUUUUUUUUUUUUUAAGAUAUCCCUUCUCUUUUCCGUUUUGCUUUUCCUGCUUUAUGAACAAUGCAGGAAAAGAUGCUAGGCUAGGGCCACAAAAGGAUUGCCACCAGAGAUCUGGCACUCGUAGGAAGGGGUAAUUCUUCAGAUCCAGGAAUGAUGCCACGAGUACAGGCUUUCUGCAUGAGGUUUACCGAGUGGCUGCAUGCUGCUUUCUGUCAAGUUUAAUCUUUGAGAGAUCUUUAUUUCUUUGCGUGCGUUUUUUAGGGCCCGAUGCUUUGUUCCGCACUUGCUGGAAUGUCCCAUACCGAAUGUUCCUGUUUGUUUGUUCAUUCUUGAACAGCUUAUCCCACGUAACGAAUGCGCCGACUACCCGACCGGGUAUUUUCUCAGAUAAGCCAGUGGCUCUGUCGCACUCGUAGUUUCACUAAGAGGUGGAUGCAGUUUAAUAAAACAUUUGGGUGCUUUACCUGCCUGUUUCGUCUCUGGGAUGUGUCCCGAGUACGCUUCGUCCCUGGCAGACGGAUAACGUAGAAUUUGCAGUAAUGGAACGAUAGAACUGCCUGCCGUUGUUGGGGUGAGCCAUGGCAUGCGCCCUGUUUAGCCGUUGCAGUGCAGUGUCACUAUAUGUGGUGCAAGUGGAAUGUGAAGCAUUUCUGUGCCCUGCAAAGCUUUUCGUCUGCUAGCUAGCUCGCUCCUGCCAUAGCUUAAGCCGUCCCCCUUGUGAUAGAGGCUCCCUUUAUCUCCUCCAUAUGCCAAAUGGCUGCUUUGACAACUCGCUCUCGCGAAAUACGCCCCCCCCCAUUAGGCUUGUGCAUACCGGACGCUUCGAAGCAUGAAUUGUUGCCCCCGUCUGUGAGUUUGGUGUGCUUCAUUAUGUCAGUCUUCCACUGGUGCUAUUGUUGAGGCCGGCCAGAAAGCCACAAGCUUCCGGGCAUCUUGAGCUACGUCCACGCACGUUACAGUAGAAAGCCUUUGAGAAGUAGCACUGUGCAGAACAUAUCUCUUGUUGUCCGUAGAUUCCUGCCCGUAGCUAUCUGCAGCACCGGAAGUUGUGGUGUGUUCUUGGUGCUUCCUCCACGUUUUCCCCGAGGCCGUGACGUGCGUCUGAUGAAGGUGUAACAGAAGAGGGUGUUUGUUCCGCCAGUGGAACUACGUUAACGAGCAGUUUUCAGAUUUGUGCGUGCAGACAGGCACAGAAGGUUAGAUUGAACUGCAAGGCGUAGAAAGCAGCCUAGCAAAAGAAAAAGGUAUGGUGCAGAAAGGUGCUCGCUACUUUUCAGCCGAGAGACAUCAUCCGAGAGCAGUAAAAUGUUGCACAGUCCUCGUAUCGUGGCAAUUGAAGAUUUUCUGCCGUUAUUGCUUCCUUUAUUGUUGCAACAUUCAGUGCUGACAUUUUUUGCUGUUUGUCUGGUCUAUGAGCAGUGAGUGUGGCAAUGCCAGUUUAGCUCUCCUGUUGAUGCCUGCCGAGCUGCUGAACUUGUAACACAUAUGUAGUACAUCUUUUGGACAGUUUUACUGUGAAUGUGAGCACAGAAGGUUACUAACAUGUGUACUAACUGACUAACACACCCUUAAGCAGUGCUAACGACACACAGCCAGUUGUGGAGUUGGUAUUGCUCUGUUACAGGUGGCUCAGAUAUGCUUACAAUAUUAACCUGCGUUUAGCUUUGGGACUUCCUUUUAUAGCUCAUCAUCUCUGCUGCAACUGCUGAACUUUGCCAGUUUGACGUAGGCUCUUCUUGCUUGUGUCUGCUUAUUGCAGAUUCAAUCUUUGCUUGCUAUAAUAAAGUACCAUUUAUUUUUACCUGUGUACUUAAAAAAGCUUCCUCUAACAAGUCAUUUGCUUCUUUGUGAUGUAUAAAAAAAAGGAAAAGAAAGAGCGGCAUGAUCAUAGUGCGAAAAAGUUGUGAACUGAAUGCGGUCAUUAUGAAAGUGGGGUGUGUUUUCCCGAUGUGUUUGAAGUUAAGUACACCCGAAAUAAAGCAUUCAGCGUAUUUUUCAAAGCA